CAGCCAGCUGAGUUCCACUCACAACAUCUCAGGAUAUCAGAGAGGCGAGAUGCUCCUUCCCAGACUCCUCACCGGCGCCCUCAGAUGUUGUCAAAAUCAUUUGUCACGUAAUCAGUCGCCUUCUGCAGUGUGUAGACAUUUAUCUUCGGCCACCAGCCAUGAGCCAGAGUAUGAUAUCGUGGUGGUGGGAGGGGGCAUCGUAGGUAUGGCCACGGCUCGAGAGCUGGCGCUCAGGCACCCAGACCUCAAACUUGGUGUUGUAGAGAAGGAGAACCGGCUUGCAUUCCAUCAGAGUGGGCACAACAGUGGGGUGAUACAUGCCGGUAUCUACUACAAACCUGGCUCUCUCAAGGCUAAGCUGUGUGUUGAGGGCCUCCAACUUGCCUAUGAGUACCUGGAUAAAGAAGGAAUUCCAUAUAAAAAAUGUGGGAAGCUGAUUGUGGCAGUUAAUGAUAAAGAAGUUGGGAGGCUCAUGGACCUGUUUGACCGGGCAAUUCAUAACGGAGUACCAGAUGUAGAAGUUAUUGAGGGACAUGAAAUAAAGAAGUAUGAGCCCUUUUGUCAAGGUUUAAAGGCAAUCUGGUCUCCACACACUGGCAUUGUUGAUUGGGGAUUAGUGACGGAGCAUUAUGGCAAGAACUUUCGUGAUUCUGGUGGCAGCAUUCAUCUCGACUUCAAAGUAACAGACUUCCAGUUCAUAGAGGGCAGUGAAAGAGAUGUGAAGUAUCCUGUCAAGGUCAUCAGUAAUGGAAAAGUUGUGCGAUGCAAAUACGUGUUAACGUGUGGUGGCUUGCAAUCAGACAAGUUAGCAAAGUUAUCAGGGUGUUCUGAGGACCCUCGAAUUGUACCCUUUAGAGGAGAGUACCUUCUUCUGAAGAAAGAAAAAGCUCAUCUAGUGCGAGGGAAUAUAUAUCCUGUGCCAGAUCCUCGUUUUCCAUUCUUGGGUGUGCACUUUACUCCCCGGAUGAAUGGCGACAUAUGGCUAGGCCCCAAUGCAAUUUUUGCUCUCAAACGAGAGGGAUAUCGGUGGCGAGAUAUUGAUUUGCAUGAAUUAUGGGAAGCUGUCACAUAUCGUGGCUUUCAGAAGUUGGCAUUGCAGUUCAUAGGAUUUGGGUUCAAGGAAGUGAUGCGUUCAGCUUUUCCUGCGCUUCAGGUUGCAACACUACGGAAGUAUAUUCCAGAGGUCAGAGCAUCUGACAUUUCCCGUGGCCCAACUGGUGUGCGAGCACAAGCCAUGAAUGUUGAUGGAUCAUUAGAAGAUGAUUUUGUUUUUCAUAGAGAAACUGGAUCACCAUUAGGAUCCCGUAUUCUACACUGUCGUAAUGCUCCAUCACCAGGUGCAACAUCUUCACUCUCCAUUGCUAAGAUGAUAGCUGACAAAUGUAGAACGGAAUUUUUGCUUUGAAAAGGCAUGUAUUAGGCUUUGGAUAUUUAUUUUAUUCAAAUAUUACAAUGUCACAAGUUCUAUUAUUUAAUAUAUAUUGUACAUAGCAUUUUAAAAUAUAACCUAAUAAGUUGUGAAGCUGAAAAUCUAAUUUACUGAUUCCUUCACUUUAUAUAAAACUCUGUGACUAGUAAUUUGUUAAGCUUCUCUUGUAAUUGAAGAGAGCAAUUUUUGAAAACCCUGGGGAUAUCUUUAAAUGUAUAUGGCAAGAUCAUAGUUAAUACUACAUUCUCAAAUCAAUUAACCUAUCAUACAUGAUAUUAUCUUAAGUCCUUUUGCUUUAAUGCUGUCUAAUAUCAUUUAUAGUCAGUCUUUUUAAUUAAUUUUCUUCAGUGAGAGCUAGGGUUUCUUUGCCACUUUUAGCAUCAGUAGACCUCUCUCUAUCUGGUAUUUGUAUCUCUUCCAUCUCCCAAAAGCAAAUAACUUACAUAAGAACAAAGAAUCAAGGUAACUACAUAAAGGCAUAUUGGCCCAUAGGAGGCAGCUCCUAUAAAUAUCCACCCAUUCUCAUUCUAUAGACAAUAAUGUCUAUAUAUGUCUAACCUAAGAAUCUUAUUAGGAUUUCAACCCUGUCAUACAUAAUGUAAUUCUCAACCAUUGGUAGGAUAGCUGGCAACCUACUACACAAAUAUAGUGGAACCUCGAGUGACGAGCGACUCCAGUUUCGAGCAUUUCGAGUAACUAGCGAACCACUCGCAGAAAAUUUGUCUCAACUGACGAGUUUUUGCUCGAUUAACGAGCAAACCACAUGGUGCUUCCUAGCGUUCCCGCUGGUUCUCGGACGCCUCCGACGACAGUGUUGUUGUUGUUUCGCAAGACGAGCGUUUCACAUGACGAGCUCAGUACCGGAACUGAUUAAAUUCGUUAAUCGAGGCACCACUGUAAGUCAUCAUUACUGUAUAUCAGAUGUGACCUACCUCAUGUCCUCAAAAUAGGAAGUGGGGAAAUGUCUCUGGCUACAAAAAUGUCAUGGGUGCUAUAUAGAACAGUCUUGUUGACCAAACCACACACUAGAAGGUGAAGGGACGACGACGUUUCGGUCCGUCCUGGACCAUUCUCAAGUCGAUUGUCUUGAAACAUCGUCGUCCCUUCACCUUCUAGUGUGUGGUUUGGUCAAUAUACUUUAGCCACGUUAUUGUGACUUAUCGCCUAGAACAGUCUUGUACCUUAUUUUCAGAACAAUGUUGUUCUCCUAACAGUUGCUCACCUGCUUGCUGCUUGAAGAUGUCCUGAUUUUCAGAAUUGGAAAUGUUAUUUUCCCAUUGUUCCUGCAAGUCGGUUGCACCUUGAUAAAAUCCUUUGUGAAUCUGUCUCCACUGACAUCAUUCCUCUUUCUGCUCUUGUAUUGGCAUCCUGAAUGGUAUCUAGAGACUCAUGAAUAUUCUCUUAACUCUAACACGCACAGAGGUAUAUGGCCAUACUGGCUUUACGACUUCUUUUGAUAAGUCAUUUCUUUUAUGCUCAAAGAAAAAGUACAAAUGUAAAUCUGUGAAAUAUAAAGAUAAAAAAAGUAUCAAAAAAUUUGACAAUUAUUUAUUCGUAUUUAUUUUUCUCUAAUACCUGAUUUUUUCUUUAUUUAAUUAGCAAUCCUAUUGCUUUACCUGUUACUGUUUGUGAAAAGGAACACUCAGUAGCUCCCUGAGCUUACUGGUACCACCAGCCUUAGCCCAACACAUUAGGCUUUUGAGGCCCAUCUGUUGUCUACUGGGAGCCAGGACCAGAAUCUGGUUCACUCAACAAGACUGAAGGGAAUCAAGGGAUCCGAGAUCAACUACAAAAUCUGUGAAAAAAAGCCACCAGAAAGCAUAAGUGCAAUAAUUUUCUGUAAAAAUAUAUGAUUAGCAGCACAAUAGACAAUCAUCAUUAUAACUGUGUUGAUCUUUGACAUCCAUAAUGGUGUUAUGAUUGUAGAAUGUCUAGUUACCACUCCUAAAGGCUGUGAAGUCCCUAUAACUGCUCACAAGAAUUGGGGCAGCUUGACAGGUCUGACAGAUACAUCUCUAGCUUGUAAAAAGCAAUAUAAGGUUAAAUGGAGAUACAGUAUCGAUGAAAUCCUGUCAUUUUUCAUUUGAAAAGGGAGGAGAUAGCAUGAGAAAUCUAACAAUUGUAUUACAUUGGCAACAAAUUUAAAUUUUGUAGUGUACAAUGACAAAAAUUAUACUGAAUGUAAUAAAUAUUGCUUCAAAUGGGUAUAGGUAAAUAAGUGUGUGCAUGUAAGAGUUAUUCUUUCGUCCUGUGUGCUUUCAUAAGUGAUAAUGUGCAUUUGAUGCAAUGGAUCAACACCUCUUGAAGGUGACCUCCGCUGGAUACUUGGUAUCUUUCUCCUCACUCAACAAAACAAAAUGCAUUGUUAUAAACUUUACAAUAUUAGAUUUAUUGUUUAAUAAGUUUAGCAUUUGUAGAUAUUACAAAAGCUAUGGAAUACAGCAGUGAAAAAAUCUAAUGGAAGGCAAAGACACUACAGGAAAAACAGUCAGCGUAUGAAUUGUACCAAUAGACAACUUGCACUAUGCUUUAUCAACUAUGAUGAAUACCCUGCAGCCAAACUGUCAUCUAAAAAUAAAGUCUACUCUGAA